AUGGUCGCAGAAGCUCACCAAGCAACAUUGCAUUGGGUUUUUGACAAGCAGGAGAACCAACCCUGGGUCGACUUUCCCUCCUGGCUUCGGUCUUCUGAACAAUUAUACUGGAUCACUGGCAAAGCUGGCUCCGGCAAGUCGACUCUAAUGAAGUUUCUGACGCAACCGGUCCGCGAUAUUUCCGACCCCGGUGAAGGAGGGGAUGAGGCAAAUCAGCUACGUUGCACGGAACACCUCUGCCACUGGGCUGGGAAGAAGCCCUUGAUCAUCGCCCAUGAAUUCCUCGCAUCGCACCCCGAGAUUGUUCACGAUUCUCGGGAGUCUGACGGCCUCCUUUUCGAGGCCUAUACCCUUCUCCUGAAUGGCGGCCAUGAGGCGCGCACCCUCGCGCAGCAGUACACGCACCAGGCGCUUCUCCUACAAUACUGCCAUCUCCUGGGCCGCGACGGCGUGUCCCUGUUUUUUAAACGCAUGGCUACGCCUGGCCACCAAGCCCACGAGGCCUUUGAGAAGGAUCUCGCCCAGACGUUUCAGCGGAUAGUCGACAUGGCUAAGCGGGAUGCCAAAAAGCGGCGGGAUGGUGCAGAAACUGAGAGGAUGGUUGAGCGGGUCCAGCUAUGCUCGCUUGUGGACGGAGAAGCGUCGGCUCGGAUUGUGAUCCCGCCGGCGGAGAGCGACGACGAGGAAGUACGGAAGGCAAGGGCCAUCUUUGAGAGCUUUGCGCCUGAGAUGAGGGCCGCGCUAGAAACCGGGUCGCUGGAUGAGGUCAACAAAGUGUUGGGGGAAAUGGAGACCAGCGAAGCUGAAGAGCUGGCUUCACUCCUGGCCGAAUCUGGUUGCAUGAGCAUCGAAGGGGAAGUAAUUGAUGCCACAACCGAGGACGGCAAGAAGACUCUUGAGGAGCUAAAAAGUGCUAGCGGAGUAGGCAAGGAGAAGCUGCAUGAGCCCAGUCGAUCAUGGACAGCAUGA